CCCAGGCUGGGAAUUGAACCCAGAACCUUCUUGCUGCAAGGCAACAGCUCUACCAACUGCUCCACUGUGCAGCCCCUCCCUCUCACAGACAAACAUUAAUUCAAACAUCUUUCUGACAUUGGAAAUUGCUAACUUGGAUUGUUUUCUCGUUAGCUGUGUUCGCAAAUAAGAAAUUCUAUUUUUGAGUUUCCGAAUGGCUGGUCAAACUGGAAAAUCCUCCAUUUCCUGAUGACAACCGAUAUCUUAGUGCAUUUUUAUAACUUUGUAAAGUUCAAAAACUACAAACUGUUACAAGUAUGAUGACUGAAAAACAUAUUUUGUCUUACUGUAAAUGGAAUACUGAAUUAAGUCUGAUUUAUUUUUUGUUUAUGUAAUAAUGUAAGCUUUCCGUUAAGUAUGCUUUAAUCUUUUCAGAAUAAAUUAUUGGUUUGAUUUAAAUGUGUGAUUUUCUUUUAUCUUAGAACAUGUUACUGAGAAACCUAAAUCUGGAAAUCAUACCGAACUUUUAUAUGUAUACUUAAUACAUUCUUUGGAACAGUUUUAUCAGCAUUUCCAGAGGGAGAAUAAAAUGUCCUGCACUCAGUCCGUCGCUGUGUGGAAUUGCAUUAUCUCCUCAUGUAUUUCCUCGGGCUACCUCGGUUUUGGCCAGUAAUUACUGUAUUUAUUUGUUUUUAAAGCCAAUAAGAUAAGAUUACAUACUGUCAUUUGUGAUGUAUUUUAUCAAAGAAGUAUGGAAGAAUGGGCUUUGCAGACUGAUAUUUGUGGAAGGAAGAACACUUACCUUUAUCUCUAGGCGGUUCAGUAAUGAGGGGCUGAUCAUGUGGGGUUUUUUUUUGAGGACUCCACACUGCAGGUCUGAUGAACAAGCUGCUCUGUCUUUCCUGCUGGUCUCAUGUCUUGCUGUAAAGAAUUUUUUCUGCUGUUAAAGUCUGAUUGUCACAUGUUUUACCACAUUUUCCUGACUUCUUGAUGUGAAUAACCAUUAAUCCUCUCCCAUUCAUUACUUUCAAACUGAGACUUCUUGCAGUUUUUCGCCUUCGUGACAGUUCUGCUCUUCCUCUUAUGCAACUCUCAGAUUUUCCUUCCUCCUCCCCAGUAUAUGCUUUGACCUUCGUCUCAUCUCCUCUGCCUUCCUUCUCCUGGUUUUUUUCGCGUUGAGUAAACUUCUCUUCUGCCAUGUGGUUGUGGGUGUUUUCUGUCCUGAGUUGUCUGUUGGCGCUGGUCAUCGUCUUGUUCUUGGUCACUGGGAAGCGCUAUAAAGUGUUCAGUGAGAAGUGUCUGAGACCACCAGGACCCCUGGUCACCAACAGCAAUGAGAGGGAUGCCAGACUGAAGAAAGGGUUCCGUACCGACCGGGUUCCACCGGCUCUGGAUGCGGUGGUGAUUGGCAGCGGCAUUGGAGGCUUGGCAGCUGCAGCGAUUUUAUCCAAAGCUGGGAAGAAAGUUGUAGUCCUGGAGCAGCAUGACCUUGCUGGGGGCUGCACACACACCUUCCAAAGCAAUGGCUUUGAGUUCGAUGUGGGGAUCCAUUAUCUGGGCCAACUUCAUGAGAACAGCCUGCUGAGGGUCGCUGUGGAUCAGAUCACUGAGGGACAGCUGCAGUUUGUCAAACUGGAACAACAUUAUGACACCGUGCUUCUUGGACCGCCUGGCUAUUGCAGGGAGUAUUAUAUUCAUGGAGGGAAAACUGAGAUGGCAGAUUCCUUGAAGAAGCAGUUCCCAGAAGAAGAGGAGGCCAUUGAUGAGUUUAUGAAACUGAUGAAGUACGCCUCUCGGAGAACUCCACUUAUUGCCAUUUUGAAGAUCCUGCCCUACCCUGUGGUAAACUUUCUGAUUUGGACUGGCCUGGUGAAUAGAGUAUCUUCUGUGUUUCGCCUAGCAACAACCAGCCAUUCAGAGAUGAUGUCCCGACUCACUCAGAACAAGGACCUGCAGGCGCUCUCUGCCUACUUUUUCUACGGUGUCCCUCCUAAAGAGUCCAGCUUCCUCAUCAAUGCUCUUCUUCUCCACCACUACAAACGUGGAGCGUACUACCCUUACGGGGGGGCCAGUGAAAUUGCCUUUCACAUCGUUCCAGUUAUUCAGCAGGCAGGCGGUGAAGUGUUGGUCAGGGCACCUGUUCAACGCAUCCUCAUCAACAGUCAGGGGGAGGCCUGUGGUGUGACGGUUCUCAAAGGACAACAAGAGAUUGAGGUCCUCGCCCCUGUGGUCAUUUCUGACGCAGGAAUCUUCAAUACCUUCCAGAAAUUUCUACCCCAGCAUAUUCAGGAAAAACCAGAAAUCCAGUCACUGGUAGGCAUGCUUCGUCAUGGUAUGGGUUCCUUCUUGGUCUUUGUUGGUCUGGAUGGAACCAAAGAAGAGCUGAACAUUGUUUCUAAAAACUUCUGGAUGUAUAAAGGCAAUGACUUGGACUCACUUAUGGAGGCAUACUCUUCUCUGAACAGAGAGCAGGUGUUAGGAAACAUACCCAUGAUGUUCAUCACCUUCCCAUCGGCUAAAGAUCCAACAGCCGCCAUCAGACACCCAGGUAAGUCCUGUAUGACUUUACUCACCAUGGCCCGCUAUGAGUGGUUUGAGGAUUGGAAAGAGACCAAAGUUGGCAAGAGGGGUCCAGAAUAUCUGGACCUGAAAAACAGCAUGGCCCAAGAGUUGCUGGAAUGGGCUCUAACCAUCUUCCCUCAACUUCGAGAUAAGGUGGCCAUGGUGGAAGCUGCUACACCUCUAACAAAUGUCCAUUAUCUGGGCGCUCCAAGAGGGGAGAUGUACGGUGCAGAGCACAACCUGGAGCGCUUCGGUCCGGAAACAUCUGCUAAGACACGACCACAGACCCCCGUCAGUGGGCUGUACCUCACAGGUCAGGAUGUGUUCUGCAACGGCUUGGCUGGGGCCCUGCAUGGCGGACUGCUCUGUGCCUCUGCUGUCCUCAACCAAAUUCUCUAUAUCGACCUUGUUGCUCUGAAGACUCACCUCAAGCACCGGAACACCAAGAGGAAGAAGACCUUGUAGAAGCACAGAAGCACCCAAAACAGAACAAAUUUAGAUUUUAAUGUUUUAGUGGUGCUUUAUGUACUUCAGAUAUCCUGAGAAUGCCUGAAGGCUUGGGGAAAGACGAGGCAGAUGUGAUUGGUCUGAGCUUCAAAGGCUCUCUUGUUCCUUUCCCCCUGCAGUGAUCUUCAGAAUAACCUCAUAAUCCUCUUCACUUCAGAAAAGUGUUUAUCAAUAAACUUUUAAGAUUCCCAUUCA